UGCAUUGUUCUCUGGCUGCUGUAAAAGAAAUUUUAGAAUUGUCCACGAAGCAACAUGAAGAGGUUCUUUGAUACUCAUUAUUAUCGCGCAACGAAAUUGCUUUCUUCGAUAGUGGGUUUAUGGCCGUAUCAAAAACGGUUAAAAAGAAAAGUCAUUUUAUCGUUCAACUUAUUUGUGUUACUUUCGUAUCUUCCACCUCAGCUGACGAGACUCUAUCAAGUAUGGGGGAAGGAUAUAGACAUAGUAUGUAUGUGCAUGCCACCUUUGCUCACCAUAUUAAUAUGCACAGCUAAGACCAUGACUAUUAUUUGGUUCGAUUCGGAGAUGAAAACGUUAUUGUGUCAAAUUGAAACAAAAUGGAUAGAAAUAAAUAUGGAAGAAGAAAAUAAGAUUUUAACAAAUUAUGCUUCAAAAACGAAGACAUUUUGCAUCAUAUACGCAGUAAUUAUGUAUAAUGGACUCAUGUGUUUUAUCGUAACGCCGAUGAUCUCACCAAUGUUGGAUAUCAUUUUACCUCGCAACGAAACUCGCGUGAGAAGUUUAGGUUUUGAUCUUGACUAUGGAGUUAACAUGCAGACUUACUGGUUCUGGUUAUGGUUACAUACCUGCGUGGCUGGGACAAUGGUUAUAUGUAAUAUUGUAGGAGCAGAUGUAAUAUAUGUUACGUUAACUGUUCACGCUUCCUGUUUAUUCGAGAUUACAAGGAAUAAACUAAGACAUAUGACUGAUUUGAUCAGAAAAUAUUCUUUGCAAUUUCCUAAGGAUGAUAUUGGUAACAGCAAGUAUAAUAUAUACCAAUGCGAAGAAUCGCGAUUGAAAUUGGAAAAACAAGCCAUUGUUGUAAGAGAAUGCGUUCUUAGUCACAAGAAAGCGAUAGAAUACACUCGAGUGUUACAAUAUAUUUACGCAUGGUGUAUUUUCUUUGUGGUGAUCCUCAACUUAAUCAGUAUAAGUAUCUCAGCGGUUCAACUAGUAAGCAAGAUGUUUCGUUGGACUGAAAUGACAAUGUCAGGCGUAUAUAUAAUUGGCGAGCUGAUGCAUUUAUUCUUUCUCAGUUUAAUGGCGCAAUUUAUAUUGGACCAAAGCUUGAACGUUCAUGAAUCAGCAUAUUCAAGCGCUUGGUAUAAUCUAUCUACUAAGUUUCAAAGAGAUUUUGUAUUGAUUCUAAUAAGAAGCAACGUACAGUGCCAAUUGACUAUCGGAAAUAUGUUCGUAUUAUCAUUGGAAACCUUUUGUAUGAUGUUGCAGACGUCAUUGUCUUACUUCACGAUGUUAGUAUCUUUCCGAUAAACAUCAGUAUUUACUUAAUGUAGAAAAAACUAAUGUAUGAGAAUAUAAUUUGGAAAAAACAAUGGACG